AGGCAGGCAGAGUUGGCCGAGGACUGGCGGAGAAGCAAAGGAGGCUGAGCCACUAAAGGGGGACCCGAAGUGGGGGGGCGGCGUCUUGAGAUUGGAACCCAAUGAGUUCCACCAUGACACCUUCCAUGCAGUUUCCCAUGGGCCCUGCCUGCAUCUUCCUAAGAAAAGGCAUCGCAGAGAAACAGCGGGAAAGACCACUGGGACCAGAUGAGAUUGAAGAGCUUCGGGAAGCAUUUCUUGAGUUUGACAAGGACCGAGAUGGGUUCAUCUCUUGUAAGGACUUGGGGAAUCUCAUGAGGACAAUGGGCUACAUGCCCACGGAGAUGGAACUGAUUGAACUGGGCCAGCAAAUCCGGAUGAACUUGGGUGGCCGUGUAGACUUUGAUGACUUUGUGGAGCUGAUGACCCCCAAAUUGCUUGCAGAAACAGCUGGGAUGAUUGGUGUCCAGGAGAUGCGAGAUGCCUUCAAGGAAUUUGAUGCCAACGGCGAUGGGGCGAUCACGCUGGGGGAGCUGCAGCAGGCCAUGCAGAGGCUCUUGGGGGACAAGCUGACGUCCCAGGAGAUCUCCGAGGUGGUCCAGGAGGCUGACGUUAAUGGAGACGGCACCGUCGACUUUGAAGAGUUUGUGAAGAUGAUGUCUCGUUGAGGAGGUCCUGGGGUCCCCAGCCUCUCUUCACCUGCUCAACGUGGAUCAAGUCAUGGUGGAGGGGAGGACCACGUGCCCCACGGGCCCUCCAGAGAGAGAGGUGGGAGGGUGGGUGGAGACUGGUGUUGCAGCGCUAUGGCUUGAGGGUAGCCUAGAAACGAUAGCUUUGGCCAGAUGGGGUGGUGUUACAUCCCUAGAACUAGAUUAAGGAGGAAGAGAUCUGUGUGAACAGUACUGGGGUCUCCUUGCCACUCCCCCAAAUCCCAAAGAAAGACUAAUGACAUCUUUCAACUCAUAAUCCUAAAUCCUUCCAACCUGGCAGGGUCUCUUCCCCCACUUCCUCUGGGUGAAAAUAGUCUUUUCUCCUGUUUGAUUCAGAAAGUUCAACACAGCAUCUACCUUUCCCCCUUCUUGCUUCAACUGCCUUGAAUCCCCUUAGUUUCUUCCUCUCGGUAGAAGAAGGCAUGUCCAUCAUGAGGCUAGAAACAGGGUUCUUGAUGAGACUGGGUUUGGAAAGGGUUAAUUAAAGAGGCAUCCAAGUGAACCUACCAACCCCUCCCCACAACUUGAUUUCCUGG